AUGUGCCCAACAUAUCAUACCAUACUGAUAAGAUAUUAUACAAUAUGUAUUUUUUUAUAAAACUAACAAAUAAUAACUCUAAUAAAAUAUAGAAGAUUUGAUAAAAUAACGAAUAUUCUUAUCACAGUGUAUCGACACGAGAGCGUUUUCCUAAGAAAAAAUUAUGUGUUUUUAAAUUUUGACAACUUUAAUACCUGAUAUGAGCCUCUGUAAGAACCUUCGCAGCAUCACAAUCCACCGUCCAGAUCCAAAUCCUAAAACACAUUUUUGUGUCGGCUACGGAAGCACUAGGCCCAAAUUUUAUUCUAACCUCAAACAUGCUUGACCUCCUGAUCAAAUGUGACUUAAUUUGCCCGUUUACCAAGUCAAAUCCCAUUAUUUAUAAUUUCUCUCUUUCAACCCGUACUCAUUGAUAGAGAUUGUCUCUUGGAUGCCAAUCUUGAUUUGUGCGCCAUCCUGUCACGGGUCAAAUGACUCACCUGCACAGAACGAGCCAGCCAAGCCAGACUCUUUACAAACUCAAUGUUAUUGACAAGGUCAGGGCCGUUGACAACAAAAAGGGCCCUGACAAUCCGGUGGCUGCAUUGACCUCACAUUACUUUACAAUUUUCCAUAUACUUGUACAUAUCAAAUUAUCCAACUUUGUGCAUUAUAAAAGGCCAACCCCAUACUUGGUCAUUCAUUGCAUUACUGAGACUCCUAAGCUUCUCAAAGAGGCUCCUCUUCAUCUCUCCCUAACUGUCUUUUCUCUAAUAAUGGCUAUUCCAGUCAUUGAUUUCUCGAAGUUGGAUGGCGACGAGAGGACCCAAACUUUGGCGCAGAUUGCAAAUGCAUGCGAGGAAUGGGGAUUUUUCCAGCUCGUAAACCACGGGAUUCCGAUUGAGCUUCUCGAAGGCGUGAAGAAGGUGUGCUCCGAAUGCUAUAAGCUGAGAGAGGAAGAGUUCAGAAGGUCCAACCCUGUCGUGCAAUUGAACAAGCUGGCGGAUCAGGAAGGUGAAGGGCACUCCUUCGAGAAGUUGGAUAAUGUUGAUUGGGAGGAUGUGUUUUUCCUCCAAGAUGAUAACCAGUGGCCAUCUAACCCCCCUGAGUUCAAGGAGAUAAUGAAAGAGUGUAGGAGGGAGCUUAGGAACCUGGCUGAGAAAGUAAUGGAGGUGAUGGAAGAGAACCUGGGCUUAGAGAGAGGCCACAUCAAGAAGGCCUUCUCCGGCGGCGGCGACUAUGCACCCUUCUUUGGCACGAAGGUGAGCCACUACCCGCCGUGCCCACGCCCUGACCUCGCCAACGGCCUCCGUGCCCACACUGACGCCGGUGGCGUCAUCCUCCUCUUCCAGGACGACCGCGUCGGCGGCCUGCAGAUACUGAAGGAUGGCUGCUGGAUUGACGUCCAGCCGAUCACCAACACCAUCGUGAUCAACACCGGUGACCAGAUUGAGGUCCUAAGCAAUGGCAAGUAUAAGAGUGUUUUGCACCGUGUUUUGGCGACACGCGCCGGCAAUCGCCGUUCUGUUGCUUCGUUCUACAAUCCAGCCUUAAAGGCCACUAUAGCUCCGGCCAUCGAAGGAGAGGGGGGUAGGGGUUUGUACCCUGAGUUUGUCUUCGGGGAUUAUAUGGAUUUCUAUGUGAAGCAGAAGUUUCUCCCCAAGGAGCCGAGGUUUGAAGCAAUGAGGGCCAUGAAAAUGAAGGAUGGUGGAAAGUGAAAAGGGCAAAGGGAAUGCUGGUGAUUCUUGUAGGGCAGAUGAUUAUAUGAAGGUGAGAGUUGAUACUUACAGUGUGCUUUUGAGUGAUUGGUUUGCAAGAAUGAUGGUUUCCGCUAGGAUUUAAGAUGAGAGUUUUUGUAAUGAGGGUAUUCAGUAUCGAUUGCUAUUCUUUCCACUAAAAAUAUCAAAAGUGUUAUCCUUGACUCUUCCUUAAUCUGUAUUCACUUUGCAACAGUUGCUUGACUUGGACGAAACUUGAUGCAUUAUGAAAUUCGAAAAGAGGUUUCCAUGUAUGGAUGCUGAAUGAGCAAUGCUAACUGGACACCUAUUUAUACAGUGUAAAUCUGACACCCCACUCAUCCAAAAAUUAUUAUUCUCUCACAAAUCUUAUCAACAAUUUUAUUUUAAUACAAACCCACAAGGAAUGAGUGAGGUUUAAGAUUUACACCUCCUCAUAAGUGUAGCCAGUUAGCAUUUUUCAUGCUGAAUUUGGUCAUGCGGAGUGAACAAUUGUGACAGCUAAUGAUGAGAAGCAUAAGUAGUGGCGUCAAACAAUUUAGAAAACUUAUUGACAGGGCAUAUCAAAUCUGCUGAUGUCCGAAACUAGAGAUACAACGUCUAGCAAUAUCUUAUAAUGAUCCAUACUGCAUAGUUAGAGAAAUGACUGCUGUAUGAAGAACACUGAAGUAAUUGGACAGACGAGGAAAGUAUAUUUUUCAGAAAAUACGUCAAAAGGCACCAAAAAACAUAUGAAAAUGAAAGUUACCGGCAUACAAGCAACAACAAGCAUACACCACUCUGAUACAUUUCAGGCUGCAGUAUGCGCACCACUCAAAUGGAGGAG